AAAAAGAAUUAGGAGUUUCUUAUCUAUAGAAAUAAUAGGCACAUUUUCGAGAUAAUCUGGCAACACAACUUUUAAUCCGAGUUUAAUGGUGUCGAAUAUUGUAUCGAUUUGAAAGAAGAAUGUUUCAUAUUUCAACUAGUCUUUGUAAUUUAAUAUUACUUGAACAGAGAUCAAGCACUACAGCUUUUCUACAAUAACAAGAUAUCAGAUAUGACUGAAAUUUGAAUAAGGUUCAGAAAAAUCUCUUAUAGCAUUCAUCAAAAUCUAUUAAGUCAUAGUCUGUAGUGAAUGAAAAUCGCACAACAGCAUCUACCUUCCCUCCCUACAAACACAAUAGACAGAACAUAUUGAUUUUUCCAGGCUGAGCACUGCUAGUGACUAUGAUGACUGAUCAAUAGAUGUUGCCAGCUUAGCCAGAUACAUACCUGUACACUGCUUUGUUUUCACCAUUACUUUGUGAAAAAUGGGCUGGAUAGAAUGACAUGGACUAACUUGGACUGACAGUUAACUCAGUGUGUGAUUUAAAUGAACAUGACACUCACAAUUACAGUUUGUGUUUAAUAUUUGAGUCUGAACUGAAGAUGAAAUAAUUUUCUCUAAUGCAUUUUUUACUUGGAUUAAAAAUAGGCUUCUAUCUACAUAAGCUGGCUAAACUUGGAUCUUUCAUUUCUUCCUCCAUGUCAAAACGUCAGUAUGAAAACUGCAUCAAUAAUGGUGCAGGAAAUAAAAAUGAUAUGGAAAAUUCAGCAUCACUAUUGAUGAAUAAUAAAGACUAUUCAAAUAAUUUAAUCGAUAAAGAUGAUACAAGUAACAGCAGUGUCCAGUCAGAUGGUUGUUCAGAAGCUCCUACUACUUCUACAAGUCAAGCAAGUGCUGACAAUUCUGAGAUAGAUGAACCUCCAAAGAAGAAAAGAAAAAAGAAUGUUUGUUUUAAUGGUGUCACGGUCUACUAUUUUCCACGUACACAAGGGUUUACAUGUGUUCCCAGUCAAGGUGGUUCUACUUUAGGAAUGGAUCUGAAACAUUGUCAAAUUAAAAAGUUUUCUCUGCAAGAACAUUCGGAGGAAAGAAAGAAAGUUCACCGUGACAUACUACUUCAACAGCGGCAUACUGCCAAACAUCAGAACCCAACUUCUGAAUCUGAAGAGAGUGAAGAUAUAAGUGAUAUUUCAGAUUCCGAAUUAGAAGCUGAUAGUUGUUAUUUUCUCCAACCAGUUCCGAUCCGUCAACGUCGAGCAAUGCUUAGAGCAUCGGGUGUGAGGAGGAUUGAUUCAUUAGAGAAGGAAGAAUGUCGAGAUAUUAGAGCGUCACGAGAAUUCUGUGGAUGUGAGUGUAAAAUAUAUUGUGAUCCAGAUGCAUGUUCCUGUAGUCAAGCAGGCAUUAAAUGUCAGGUAGAUCGUUUAUCGUUUCCAUGUGGUUGUACUCGAGAUGGUUGUGGUAACUUAUCAGGACGAAUUGAAUUUAAUCCUCUCCGUGUAAGAACACAUUUUAUCCAUACUUUAAUGAGAUUGAAAUUGGAAAAGGAAGAUCAAGAACUUUUAGGCAAAAGUAUGAAUACAAUGCUUUGUUCAACAUCAUUUGCAUCUCCUUCGUUACCCUCAUAUGAUGGUUGUAAUAGUAUUACAACACCCCUCUCUAAUUGUAUUUCUUUUCCAUCAUCAUGUAUGCCAAUUACUCCUCAAAACAGUAACAUAGAGGGUACCAGUUGUAUGUUAAGCAACAAAAGAGAAGAGCCAACUUUUGUAUCAUUUGGUGAAGCAGAGAAAGAAUAUAGUAAUAGUGAAGAAAGUACAGAAAUGUACGGAUCGCCAUUUAGUCCAGAAGAUAGCUCCUAUUCGGAAAAUUCUGAUUAUUCCAGUGAUGAUUUUGAUUCCGACCAUAGUGUUGACACUGCUCAUACACAAAGUACAAUUCAAGUAUCAUUUAAUAGGUCCCUUAAUUCAAAUCCUCCAACUUAUUCUGAACAUGUAUCAUUUAGCAAAUUUCAAAGCACACAAAACAAUGCUGCCAGGUCUUGUUACAACAAUAAUAAUACCUCUAAUACUAACAACAAUAACAACAACAACAACAACAAUAAUAAUAAUAAUAAUGGAAAUGAUUUUAAUAGUGAAAAUCGAUACACAGGUUUAAAUAGACAUUUUGAAAACCCUCAAUCACAACUUCAACUUCAAAAUAGUAAUUCUUUGAAUAAUAUUCAUGAGGAUAAUAUAUCUUCUCAUAAAUUGUUGGAGGCAGGUUCCUGUUCAGAAGUUGGAUUAAUGCUAGAGCAUCAGCAUAAUAUUGAUUCAAAAGACCAAUACAACAUUUGUCUUGAUAAAAAAUUAAGUAUUUCUAAAGUUUUGGAUAAUCAUUCAGAAAAUGCGUGUCACAUACCAGAAGAUGAACAUAGUUACACCGAACUUAGCUCAGCAGUACCAGGAACAGAUACAGAAUCAUACAGUGGUCUUCUAUGUUCUAAAGUACAAGAUAUCACAGCUAUUAAACCAGUAAAUUUAGAAACAGAUAAAGCUAAUAUAUUAACACAGAACAGUAAUUUUAAUUUAAAUGAAAAUGGUCACAAAAUAGAUGAAGUACAGACUGAUAGGAAUGAAGAAUUCAGCGAGAAUUUUGGAGAAAUCAUUAAAAAAACAAUGGUGGAAACUGUUUCUGCAUGAUAAUAUUUGAUUUUUAUUUUUAUUCCAUUGUUAAAUUACAUAAAAUCUCAUGAUAAAUUUUGUGAUUUUAGCUAUCAUGUGUUUCAUAAUAUAAAGUUGCUUGUACUGAAUGAUUUUUUUUAAAAGUAAUUUUACAAUUUUAUUAAUUUUAAAAUUUCUCACAUUUUACUUAUUUAUUUAUUAAUAAUUAGGUUUUUUCCCCCCUCUCUUUUUUGAGUGAAUUUUCCUCCUCUUAAUUUUAAUUGCUCUUUAAAACUAGAUAUCGAUUAAAAACAUAAAAUAACAUGCCAUUUAUUAUGAAACACUUCAUGUAUGGCAAAAUUUUUAGCACUUACAGUAUUACAUUACUAUAUAUUAAAAUUUUUUAAUCUUGUUUACUGCAUGUUGUGUGAUUUGUACACAAUAUCGGCAGUAAAGCAAGUUUUUGGUAGUUUGAUGUUUAGUCAUUGUGAUUUUCCUCCCGUUCCAUCAUCAUUAGCAUAUAGGGAACUUUUAUUAAUUACAGUAAAUUGCAUCCUAACUUGCUAUAUCCAUUUAAUAUAUAUAUAUCUAUCUAUAUAAAUAUAUAUAUAUUUUUCUUUCCAACAAUAGUACAUUGUACAGUUUGAUUUAAUACAUUGUACAGAACAUCCAUAAUAUUUGUCUUCUUAGUUGUAAGUGAAAGUUUUUUAAUUUCCAAUAUUUAAACAUUGUAUAUAUAUACAUAUACAGUAUAUAUGUUUGUAAUUAAAAUACCUUAACCAAUUAUAAGGUAUUUUUAAAAGCACACAUUUUAAUGUUUGUAAAGUAUUUUCUUCAAAAGUUAAAGCUCUUUUUUUUUUAAUUGUUUACUUCGGUAAAGACGAGUAUUAUUAUUAUUAUUAUAAUAAUUAAAUUUUCAAAAUUGCAUUACAGGUAUUGAGUAUGGAAAAUUAUGGGUGCUAAUAACACCGAAAUAUUGUGAUUUCUUGAAUUUCUUGAAUACAAUCAUAGGUGUGUGAUGUAUUGUAUGUCGUAACAUUUUAUUUCGACGGUGUGUACUGUAUGAAAGAAUAAUCCAAAUCAUUUUCUGUCAAAUCUACUUUUUAAGAUUGUGUGCAACUUCAAAUCUAGCAUUUAAUUUUUUUAUUAAAAAAAAAGAAUAAAAUGAAAUGAAAAAUUGGUAGAAAUGUUAAAUUUGAAAAUUGCCAUUCCAAAUUUCGAGUAUCAUCUAUCAGCUGAUACCAGACAGCAUUGGUGUUGUCAAUCUUUUGUAUAUAACAAGAACAAUAGAGGUACACAGAAUAGCUUUGAAAGCGUUUUAUGUAUGAGAGUAAUUUGUCUGGAGCAAUAAAAUGUCAAAUCCUGAAUUAUAUGAUUUAAUAUUUGAAGAUUUUGAUUUUUAAGAUUAAGGAAAACAUUUUUUGUUAUGAUAAGCAAGGAAAAAAAAAACAUUUAA